AUAUCACACAUUGUGUUCACAAUCACAAACACAAAUCCUUAACCCCAAAGGGACUCUCAAAGAAAUAAAAAAAUAGAUUUUCUUUUAAACUGAAAUGGCUGAUCAAUUCUUGCACAACAUCAAACAGUCUUUCUCUUUAGCUGACAUUGAUCCCAGCUUUGAAUUCUUGAAUCAAUUUCCGGGCCCGAAUCAGUUUUUCAAUAGCCCGGUUGGGUUUUCUUACGAUGACGCCACUUUUCCUCAGUUAAUAAUACCUCAAGGCCCUGCAAGGAACCUGGAAAAUUUCCCUGGAUUAUUUACCAUCCCUGAUGAAAUUACUGCAGUAACUUCUUUUACCGGGCCUGUGAAUUCAAACGACGUGGAUAGUAAGGACCUCAAGAGGAAAAAAAUGGAGAUUGACACACCACAAAGCACUUCUGCAAAUAACUCUGCAUAUACUUCUCCUCAAGGCUCUGAUAUUGGGACCAAAAACACAAAUCGUAUUGGAAAAGGAAAGAAAGUGAAAGUCGUAAAAAGUGAAGAGGAGAAGCCGAGGGAAGUGGUUCACGUAAGAGCAAAAAGAGGCCAAGCCACUGACAGUCAUAGCUUAGCAGAAAGAGUGAGAAGAAGAAAAAUUAACGAUCGGUUGCAAUGUUUGCAAGACAUUGUCCCAGGAUGCUACAAGACAAUGGGAAUGGCAGUGAUGCUGGAUGAGAUUAUUAACUAUGUUCAAUCCUUGCAAAGUCAAGUAGAGUUUCUUUCAAUGAGGCUUACGGCAGCUAACACGUUUUAUGACUUCGCUUCAGACACAGAUGCCAUGUCAGCAAUACAGAGUUCGAAGGCAUAUGAAGCAGUGAAUGUGCAGAAUGUUGCAACUCAAGGACUUGCUUCUGCUCAAUUUGCACAAUCGGGCCUCAAUUUUGGCUAUAUUCCUCAGAUUCCCCACAAUAUAUGAAGAGACUACUCCUGUCAUGGCCAACUUGUGUAACUCUAGAAAUCAAAGGAUCAAUACGUUAUAUUUAGAUUUUGUAUAAGCAAUCCAAUUUGGAACUUAACCAAUUAUUUGUAGUUAAAUGUGUAAUCUGGCUAUUCCGGACGAAAUUAUACGCAUACGACUCAUGAAUAUGAAUACGAAUGGAUCGUAUGUCUAAACACAAAGUUUUUCUAAUCGAAUAUAAUUUCUUUUUAUCAA